UUCGACCGCGGACUUGACCGAGAAAGUUGGGGUGUCGCGGAAUUGACGGUCCUUUGUGUUGGCCUGGAUUGGAAUUGAAUUUGCCCCGAGUGUGUCAAUAUGUCCGGAUCCGUGUCUACGCCCAAUCCCGGGCCGGCCAAUGCCAGUGGGGUACGGUCCAGUCACAAGAAAUGCGAGAAUGCGGCCGGGCAAAAUAUCCAAGUCUACGUCCGAGUUCGCCCUCUUAACGGUGACGAACGCAAUGCCCGCAGUUCGUCGGUCGUGUCCUGUCCAGGGGCUCGAGAGGUCUCGGUCCAAGAGAAACCCUUUUCCCAUCUCACCAAGACCUUCAACUUCGACAAGGUCUUUGCCGAAGAUUCACGACAGACGGACGUGAGCAAAGUUGUUGUCCAUCCUUUGAUUAAGCAAGUCCUUCGAGGUUACAACUGCACCGUAUUCGCCUAUGGUCAGACGGGAACGGGCAAAACUUACACCAUGGAGGGACUGAAGGACUUUGAAGGUUCUUGGGCUGAUGAUCCGGAUGCGGGCAUCAUUCCGCGGUCUUUGGUCGAAAUUUUUGAAGCUCGUGACAAAGGCGGAUUUGAUAAGGAUUGCUUCCAAAUCAAAGUGUCCUUCCUUGAGCUCUAUAACGAGGAAAUUUUCGAUCUUUUGUGCAAGGGAAUGGACCUAGAUCGGAAAUAUAAAAUUUUCGAAGACAGUGCAAAAAAGGGCUCUGUGAUCGUGCACGGCUUAGAAGAGCGUGUGGUUCAAACCAAGGAACAAGUGCUCCGAAUUUUGGAGGAAGGAUCGCUCAAGCGAACCACGGCGGCCACUAAAAUGAAUGCCUCCUCUUCGCGAUCCCACACUAUCUUCACCAUCACAGUGACCAUCACUGAGAAAUCCAUUGUCGGUCAAGAAAAGUUCAUCGAAGGCAAGUUGAAUCUGGUGGAUUUGGCUGGGUCUGAAAAUAUCGGGCGUUCUGGAGCUGUGGAUAAACGCGCCCGCGAGGCUGGUAAAAUCAACGAGAGCCUCCUGACCUUAGGUCGAGUCAUCAAUAGUUUGGUGAAGAAGGAAUCCCACAUUCCUUAUAGAGAAUCCAAGUUGACUCGCUUGCUCCAAGAUUCCUUGGGAGGUCGUACCAAGACCUCGAUCAUUGCCACCAUUUCACCUGCUUCUAUCAAUGUCGAGGAAACUCUGUCCACCUUGGACUAUGCCCACCGAGCAAAGAACAUUACAAACAGACCCGAAGUCAACCAGAAGAUCCCCGUGGCCUCCAAACUCGCGGAAAUGCAAGCACGUGUGGAUCAGAUCCGGCGAGAAUUGGACGAGCAAAGAGAACGAGAUGGAGGCGUGUUCAUGAGCCAAGAGAAAAAGGAGGAGUUGGAGAAGAAAGGACAAGAACUUGAACAACUGAGGAAAGAAUUCCGGGAACUCGCGAGCUUGUUCGACCUGAAAACAUCCGAAAACGCGAAACUCCAGGAGGAUUUAACCGACACCAUCAAGCAAUUGGAAGAGAAGAGUGUGAUCCUGUACAAGACCCAGGAGGAAAAAGAGGUCCAGGAACAUUUGGUGGAUCGCCACAAAGACACCGAGGAGAAGAUCAAAGGCCAAGCCUUCGAAUUGCGAGAGGUGGCUGAUCAGCAAUAUUCCGAUUUGGACAAGCUUCAUGCUAGUCGAGAGCGAAAAAGCGAGUUGGAGAAACAAAAUGCCAAGGUCACCUCCAAGUUCCAAUCUCAGUCGGUUAAUCGGUUCGUUCGGAUGGAGACUUUGUUGGAUGAGCGUGGUCAAACCCAAGACAAACUCUGCAACAUUGUGACUGUCAAACAGAACGACGUGGUCAAGAUGAGCGAAACGUUCGGCCAAGAUACCGUCGAAGAGCUCGCCAAAACUAAUGACGACGUCAAGCAGGUCAUGACCAAAGUUGAUAGUUUAGCUGCGUCUCACAUGAAGUCGGAGCAAGAGUUCCUGUCCCAAAUGCUUCAAGGAACGAAGCAAAAGAUGGACAGGCAGAGCUCGACGCUGCAGAAGCACCUCACCAACACCUUGAGUGUGACGCAGGAGCAAGAGACCUCGUUGCGGAGACAGCAAUCAUCGAUGGAUUCCAUGAUCGAUGCUUUCAAGAAACAUGUUUCAAUGGAUGAGAGUUUAACAUCCAGCUUUAAGGACUUCCUCGCGGAGAUCAUGUUGACCACAGACAAGAAGCAAAUCGAAUGUUUCGCUAACGCCAAAACCGUGUCCAUCAACAACGAGGACACAAUGAACGCCUUAGUGGAAACCCUAGAUGCCAAGGAACGGAAAAUGGAGAAAGACAUGACUCAAUUAACCGAUAUCCUCAACGCCAACCGUGCGGAGUACAAGGCCAUGUUCGAGGAUCUUCGCUCGAGUAUCAACACUAUUCGAACCAAUGUCCGAUCGGCUCAAAAAGAGCACACCGAAUCCAGCACAAUCGUCUCUGGAGCUUUGGAGAGCAUCCGUCAGCGAAGCCAUGCUUUCGAUAAUGGACACGAGGAGAUCGGCAUCAAGACCAUGGGACACGUCAACGAUCUCUAUCAAGAUCAAUUGGCCGCCUUCAAAGUGGUCCAGGGCGGUCUAAACCGGAUUCGAGAGGAUGAGAAGACAUUUGUGGCCCAAGCACAAGAGGACGAGAAGGCCAGAUAUCUGGGCAUGGAACAGGAACUCCGGGUCCGAUCCGAUGAAGCACCGCAGCAAAUGCAGACCUUACAAGAGCACACGAGGAGCGUGCAAAAGCUCAGCGCCGAGUCUCUGAAGGCCUUGGAACGCAAGACAGAGUCCCAUCAAAGCAUGAUCGUCAAAUGGAACAAGGAGGGCUUGUCCGACUUUGACGGGUGUUGUUCCCAAAUCAAAGACUACGAUCAGAAGCUCCGUAACGAGGUGCUGGAGGCUCGCCAUAAGGAAUCUCUAUACUUCACCAAAGAACUGCAGAACGACCGACCCACGGGUGAAACCCCCGGUCGUAUCGAGCGAGCCUACCCGAAAACCAUCAUCGAAGGAACACCAGAUGAGUUGCGGAUUCGACGAUACCGACAAACGCGCGAUUUGGGCGCUGCCAUGCGGUUGAAGAUCGACGAGGAUGAUGACGACGACCUGGAUACGGACUCGGUGUACUCGGCUUCCACCAAUGUCACCGAGAGUGAUGUGUUCCAUGAGAACAAUAGCAGUCGGGAGAUCUCGAGACAGAAUUCGAAUGUGGAAGAGUCGAUGGUCACCAAUGUGAGCAGGAUUAGUAGCGGGACUGAGGAACCUGGAUACGUCAGUGAUGCCGAGAACAAAGAGCCAGGUGAACACAAGUUUGCUCAUCCAGGAUCGAAGUUGAAGCCACCAAAGACCUAUCCAGCCACAUCUGCCCCCUCCGUUGGCUCCCGUUCCAGGAGCUCGAGUCGGACCAGGAAGAUCCUCACUCAAUCCAACUAAUCCUUCCGUUGCAUAUCGCCGAUUCUAGAAUCCGUCAAUUACAACUCGUGUAUCCCCUACUCUUAGUACUGAACUCUAGGUGUGUGUGGCUAUGAUGAUUCGCAUUGGUUUUUGUAUCAAUGGCACACACAAAUACCUAUAUUCUUGCUGGAAUGCCCUGUUCCCUCUCUUCCCAUUGAUACUAUAAAGGCCUUGUACAUGGUGACACUUGUAACAGUAAUACGAAAUAAUAAACAAAUUUCCUUUGUGA